AUUCGUGCGCCGGAUAUGUUUCUCUUUCCACACCAGCCCUGAAUGCUGAUGUGUUUCAAGAAAUUACACCACAGGGAGAGCGAGGAGUUCGUUUUUUGAUGCUGUAGCUCAAUAACGGGGAGAAACGGCGGCGGGUCAGCGGUCGAUGUGAAAGAAGACGCGGUGGAAGAGAUCAGCAACACCGAAACAGAGAGAGUAUGGCGCCCAAAGGUAAAGUUGGCACGAAGGGAAAGAAGCAGAUCUACGAGGAGAACGAGGCGACUCUGAAGUUCUACACACGAGUCAUCCUAGGAGCUAAUGUAAUAUAUGGUGCUGUAAAUUUCUUGAUUUUCUACAGUUCGUCUACAUUUUGGACAUGGCUGCUGCUGGUGUUUGCAUUGGCAGUGUACGUCGGGAGCUACCGCUCCAUGUCCGCGAUGGCAAAGCCAGCGUUUGCUGAGGACGGGAGUCUCCUGGAUGGAGGAAUAGACUUGAACAUGGAGCAGGGAAUGGCAGAGCACCUGAAGGACGUCAUCCUGCUCACAGCCAUCGUACAAGUUCUCAGCACGAUCUCCUCUUAUUUCUGGUAUCUUUGGCUGCUGGCUCCGGCUCGUGCCCUGCAGCUGCUUUGGACAAACUUUCUGGGCCCCUGGUUUAUGGCAGAGAGCCCAUCGGCGCCAGAGGAGGUGAACGAGAAGAAGCAGAGAAGACAAGAGCGCAGACAGAUGAAGAGGUUCUGAUGCUGCAGAGCAGACUGAGCAGUAUUUUUAUACGCAGGAUCUAACACACAGAUGUCGAGGGACACAUAAAUUAUUUAGGAACUAAUUUUCAACUUAGUCCAAAUCCGAUGCUGUGGAAUCUUGUUUUCCAUGUUUAUUUUCUCCCCGCUUUCUCAAGUCAUACGGUUUUUCCCUGAAUUGUGAAAUGUACCCAGUUUAGCAGUUUAACACCGGGGUCCGAAUAUCAUUUAUUCCCAUGCAGAGAUUUAUUGUAAAAAGUUUAUUCUUGCACGGUGCCGUCACACCGGCCCCGUCCUCCUGCAGAUCUCCGUUUCAAUUACAUUUCACGCAUCAACCCCCGAAAAGCAAACUAAAUUUACUCAGACAGCGCCACUUUUAUCAUUUUAUUUGUCAUCCAUCACCGUCCCUUCAUCACAGAGUCGGGAGAUGUUUUUUGUUUUGUUUUCCUGAGCUUUCAAGUCUUAUUAAAUCAUCUGGAUAUAAAAUAAGUUUUAAUAGAAAAAUGGAGAGCAUUUUUUGCAAUAAAAAAUCUGAGUGUGGAGUUUUGAGAGAAGAUUUUUUUUUUUUCCCCAGUUGGCAGAAAGAGAAAGUUGCAGCUUUUAUUUUCAGUUUUCCUGUGAGGCUAAAGUUUGGUGCCUUAAUAAAAUCUUUUCUUUUUUUUGUC